AGCCAAAGACAGUUCAAGAUUAUUAAAAUGAAAGAAGAAAAAAACAGUCAAGUAGAGUUUAUUCCAGGACAUCAUGAAUGUGAGAUCUGUCCUGGAGGUGAAGCUGACUUACACCAGCACUGUGUUGACUGCAAGAAAAAUCCAGGUCAUGUCAACUUUAUACCUGUUAGUGAUUUUAACUUGGAUCAUCUCCCCUCACGUUACCGUGACGUCACCAUGUUGACGGCAAUCAAAGCUUUGUCUGCCCUAACGGUCCUGAUAAAGGUCAAGUACACCAGUCUAGAGAGACCAGAAUCUGGUGGAUGCUUCGGUGGUCAGUAUCCAUGUUAUUGCACCAGAGGAAGUGACGUGUUGAGGACAGGGACGGGGAGGGUGUGGAGUGUUGUUAAGUACACAGAGAGUGACAACAAGGGCACUUGUCCAUGUGGCAAGUGUCAACACUCGGACACACCCAGCAAAGUGUGGGGGGAGUUUCGUGUGUUGACAGCCAUCCAUGUGGUUUUUGAUGACAGUGAGGCGAGACAGACCAAGUGUGUUGUAGGUUAUGAUGACAAUAAAAGUCCUGGGGUCAGUCUCGAUGGCUGGAGGGUGGAGUGGACAGAUAUUGAGGGAGACAGAUGUGUUAUUACAUGUGCGUCAUGUGACUUAAAGUUGGUUGAUGAACUGGACAAGAUGUGUUUGCAUUUUCAUAAUCUAUGUGGGAAAGUAAGUGACAAAUACUGGAGGUUUGUUUAUGUGGACAAGUUGACCGUUAUAGUGUCACAUCCUCAUGGCUGUUCUAAACAGGUCUCUGUAGGAAAAUGGACAGAUAAAAAGCAAAAGAAGGGUUGGUACAAGUACACGUACACGUAUACAACAUGUACAUGUCGCGGCUCCAGUGGAGCCUAUGUCUACAUACCGGGAUAUGUCAGGCAGUCUUCACAUCCCCACAGUGGAACAAAUUCUAAAGGAAAUUACAGUGGACAGGGUGGGUUGGUUGUAUGAUUUAGAUUUAACGGUCGAUUCUCUUCCCUUGUAAGCACAAUAUUAGCGAAUGCAAUGACUUCUCCAAACUUUUAACUUGUUUGCUGAAAAAAUGAAUGUCUUCAACAGUAAUUUUUGUUUUCUGGUGGAGACAACAAAUAAUUUAUUUAGAACUAGCGUACCCGUCCCCGCGCGUUGCCGCGGGAAUAGAAGAAAGUCCGACGAAAUAUAUAAAAAGGGUUUCAUCCAUGCGUUACCAAUCCUAUAUUCUUAGACUCGUGACCUUGUUUUCUAAAAGUGAGUUAUUUAAAUGUAAACAAUGCUUACGCUUGGAUCAUAAAUAUCGGAUUACGGGUUUUCCU